UACGUUUGGCACUUGUGGCUCUCCGUCUUCGCCCUGUACACGUGACCUACAAAACCUAUAAAUAGGGGUAGCGGGCGCCCAUUGUGUUCACCGGAGAGUCACUGCCGUGGACAACUGAUACUAACAGUAUGGCGUCGACGAGCCGUGGAGAUUCUCUUCCCAAGGUGCAAUGCCCCAAUCACCCCGAUGCACAGCUGGUGGAGGACUACAGGGCAGGAGACAUGAUCUGUCCUGAAUGUGGCCUUGUAGUAGGUGACCGUGUAAUUGAUGUAGGGUCAGAGUGGAGAACGUUCACCAAUGAGAAAGCAACUAAAGACCCGUCUCGUGUUGGUGAUGCUCAGAACCCUCUCCUCAAUGGAGGAGACCUCACCACCAUGAUCAGCAAAGGAACAGGUGCAGCAAGCUUUGAUGAGUUUGGAAAUUCCAAGUACCAGAAUCGGAGAACCAUGAGCAGCUCUGAUCGAGCCAUGCUGAAUGCCUUCAAAGAGAUCAGCACCAUGGCCGACAGGAUCAACCUUCCCAGAAACAUCAUUGACCGAACAAACAACUUGUUCAAACAGGUUUACGAACAGAAGAGUCUGAAAGGCAGAAGUAAUGAUGCGAUUGCUUCGGCCUGCCUUUACAUAGCGUGCAGACAGGAGGGCGUCCCUAGAACAUUUAAAGAAAUCUGUGCCGUGUCUCGGAUCUCAAAGAAGGAGAUCGGCCGUUGCUUCAAGCUUAUCCUGAAGGCUCUUGAGACGAGUGUGGACCUCAUUACAACCGGCGACUUCAUGUCACGUUUCUGCUCCAACUUGGGCUUGCCCAAACAGGUGCAAAUGGCGGCUACUUACAUCGCCAGGAAGGCCGUGGAACUGGACUUGGUUCCAGGGCGCAGUCCAAUCUCAGUGGCAGCCGCAGCCAUUUACAUGGCCUCUCAAGCAUCUGCUGAGAAGAAGACACAGAAAGAGAUUGGGGACAUUGCUGGAGUGGCAGACGUCACCAUCCGUCAGUCCUACCGUCUCAUUUACCCCCGCGCUGCCGAUCUCUUUCCUCCCGACUUCAAAUUCGACACACCUGUGGAUAAACUGCCUCAACUGUGAACACCCAUGUGCCCCACGCUCACCGCUCUUUGUACUUUCAGAAUUUUUGCCCUUUUCUCUUUGAAAUUUGCCUUGAAGGCACAAGCCUUUUGAAAAGACAACGGCAGGAUUCGGCAAAGUGCAGAAGACACAUUCCAAGAUUUAACACAGAUUACAGGCUGUACUUUCAUUUGUGUGUAUAUAAUAUUGUACAUAUGUCCAAGUGGGAAUUUGAUUGGUGGUUCCAACUAGGCAUAUUUCUUACUGUAACAUUUUCUUUUGUAGGAAAUUAUUUUGUUAGCUUGUUUGCAUUAUAUUUAGUAACUUAAUAAAAAAUGCUUUUCAGAAAAGCAUGGUGAACAUCUUGGAAAUCCCCAAAUCAGGUUUACAAAUACCUUGAGAUUUGAAAGCGUGUAGCUCACAAAUGGUUUUAUUCCCUCUUUUUUUUAUUUCACGAGGGAAUUUUUCACGGUAUGAAGUGAGUUUCUGUUUGUGUUUCUGUUCCUGUAUUCGCAGUUCAGUUAUUAUAAAGAUUUUCAUGAAACACCAGAGAA